CGUUGGUGGAGCAGGCUGCUGCCGGUGGUGGUCCUGCGACCGGACAGCGCCAGCCGCGCGUGACGCGUGUGACGCGGCCGCUUCGCAACCUGAGGCUCGGCGCGCGCGCGCGCGAGGCAACGGCGCAGUGCUUCCGUUCCCUCGGCUCGGAUGCUGAUGCCUACAGCCCCGUUGACUCUCGAGCAAUCGUCGUCGCAGUAAAAUGAAUGAAAAUAAACCUGGAGACUCACAGAACCUAGCUUGUGUUUUCUGUCGAAAAACUGAUGACUGUCCUUAUAAAUAUGGAGAGAAGAAAACAAAUGAGAAAUGGAAUCUCACUGUACAUUACCAUUGUUUGUUAAUGUCAAGUGGAAUUUGGCAGAGAGGUAAAGAAGAAGAAGGACUUUAUGGUUUUCUAAUAGAAGAUAUCAAAAAGGAAGUGCAUAGAGCUUCUAAACUGAAAUGCAGUGUCUGCAAGAAAAGUGGCGCUUCAAUUGGAUGUGUAGCACCUCGAUGUAAACGAAGUUACCAUUUACCAUGUGGACUUGAGCGAGAAUGUAUUUUCCAAUUUACUGGCAAUUUUGCGUCAUUUUGUUGGAGUCAUCGACCUAUUCAGAUAACUACAUCUAAUAAUUAUAGAGACUCCUUACCAUGCACCAUUUGUUUGGAAUACAUUGAGCCUAUACCUACUUACAGUGUAUUACAAAGUCCUUGUUGUAAAAAUGCAUGGUUUCAUAGAGACUGUUUACAGGUUCAAGCAAUAAAUGCUGGAAUAUUUUUCUUUAGGUGUACAAUAUGUAAUAAUAGUGAGAUCUUUCAGAAAGAGAUGUUGAAAAUGGGAAUUCAUAUUCCUGAAAAAGAUGCUUCCUGGGAAUUAGAGGAAAAUGCUUAUCAAGAUCUUCUUCAGCAUCAUGAGCGUUGUGAUGUUCGAAGAUGCCGUUGCAAAGAAGGACGAGAAUAUAAUGAACCUGAUAGCAAAUGGGAAAUAAAACGUUGUCAGUGUUGUGGUUCAAGUGGAACACAUUUAGCCUGUUCCUCACUACGAUCAUGGGAACAAAACUGGGAAUGUUUGGAAUGUAGAAGUAUUAUCUACAAUUCAGGAUUUAAAUCUGUAGGUUUCCAAAAGGCAAAAAAGCAUGCAGCACCCAAAUCUAAUAAAGUGGCAAUUACUGACUGUUUGUUAGAAGAGUCAUCCCCUAAGUUACAAAAGCUGUCAUCUGGACCUCAGCAUGAAGAGUUAUUGAGGCAAGGAAGCAAGUUUAGAAGGGAUAUUUCAACAAUAUUGAUAGAGUUAGGAUUUCAAAUUAAAAAAAAAACUGAAAAAUUAUAUAUCAACAAAGCCAAUAUCUGGAAUAGUGCCAUAGAUGAAUUCAAAAACUUUAAUCCUUCAUACACAAUUGAAGUAUCCUAUGUUAAUGAAAAUGAUGGUUUUGGAAAAGAAUGCCUUGGAUCAAAGCAAGAAUUUCUGAGUCUCUUAAUGCACCACCUGGCAAACUCAUCAUUGUUUGAAGGGUCUUUGUCAAAGAACUUGUCUCUAAAUUCUCAAGCUUUGGAAGAGAAUCUUUACUAUGAAGCUGGCAAAAUCCUUGCCAUUUCAUUGGUUCAUGGUGGUCCUUCACCGGGUUUCUUUUCUAAGACCUUAUUUAAUUGCCUUGUUUAUGGACCAGAAAAUACCGAACCAGUUUUGGAAGAUGUUUCAGACUUUGAUGUGGCACAAAUUAUAAUCAGGAUAAAUACUGCAGCAGAUAUAACUGACUUAAACUCAGUAAUAAAUGAAUGCUAUAACUACCUAGAUGUUAUUGGAUGUCUAAGACAUGUAACAACAUUAAAUGAUAAAUAUAUGUUGGCAAAAGAUGUACUUGUCUACCAAGUAAUUAAGAGAGUCCAAAUACCUUUUGAAAGUUUUAAGCAGGGUCUGAAAACUCUUGGUGUUUUGGAAAAAAUUCAGACUUACCCAGAAGCAUUUUAUGACAUCCUUUGUCAUAAACCUGAGACUCUUUCUGCAAAAGUCCUUAGUGAUCUUUUUGAAAUGCACACAUUGCCUGAUGUACAAACUUCGGGGUAUUGGAAGAAUUAUUUACAGAAUAUUGAGGAAGGUAAAUCUGCAACAACAAUGGAAGACAUUCUUAUUUUUGCAACUGGUUGCAAUUCUGUUCCACCUUCUGGAUUCAAACCCACUCCUUCAAUUGAGUAUCUACAUACAGAUUUUCCUGUUGGAAACAAGUGUAAUAACUGUUUAGUUCUUCCAAUCACCAAAACAUAUAAAGAGUUUGAAGAAAGUAUGGACUUCACCAUAAGAAACACUAUAAAACUAGAAAAAGAAGAAUAUUCUCACUACGUUGAACAUUAGAAUGUUUCUUGGAACAAAGGGAGGCUUCUUUAUAAGCUGCUAUUGUUUUUUGUUUCUAUUAAUCAUCCUAUUGAACAAAUUCAUCAGCGCCUCUGGCCCAAUAAAAUUUAUGAUAUUAACAUUAAAAAUUGUUUUGGCCAAUCAAACCAAUAGUUUAAUUAAGUCAUUCUUUUGUCUAGUUAAGUCAUUCUCAGAAUUUGUGGUAUUUUUCUAGUAAUCCACAUGCUUCAUAGGUAUCAAUAUAAAUACUUUUAAAAUGGUUGUACAGACUUUAUUCAGGUAUAGUUGCAUGGUAUAUACUCACUAUUUUUUAAAAUUAGAAUUACAUAAUUGAUGCCAAGAUUUUUCUUAUUUUAUGCAGGUUUCAAAUUAUUCCUUAUUUUAAAGCAUUAAAUAGAAAAUGUAGUUGGCUAAAUUUUGUCAUAUAGAUCAGAGGCAUAUAUUCCAGGGUAUGCAUUAUGUGUAUACUUUUCUAGGAUGCACUAGAUUAAUUGCAAACAUAUUUUUAGAAUUCUAAUUUAUAUUAAAAUGACUAAUACUGCAAUUACACUAUGCCUAAUGCAAAGUAUUAUAUAAAAAGCAGAAUUGCACAAGUAGUUCUGGAAUCUAUGGAAAUUCUAUAGGCUAGAAAACUUCUGAAGUGGUUACAGUGUGAUUGAAAAAUACCUUUUAAAAGUGUAUUUUCAUUAAAGCCUCGGUUUUAAUCAGGAUUUCCCCCCACAUCCUAUAUGUGUUAUGUAUAUGUCUAAUCCAUGAUCAUUUUAAGUAUCUGAAUGAAGUCUCUGGAUUGUUGUGAUAGACUUUGCUAUCUGAUAUUUAUUAUUAUGAAGACCUAUGUAUGACAGAUAAGUUGAUUCCAUAGCAUUAUACAGUUACCUUCUUUGGUCUUGGAAGGUAGCUCUUUUUGUGUCAACAGUAUGUAAAAUAAAUACUAAUAGAAUGGGAAAACCCCUUUAAUUUCAUUACACAGAUAAGUGUUUCUAUGUAUUAUUCUAUAAACUCUUACAUUUUCUUUAAGGUGUUUGUUUUGCUUGGCUUGUUUGUUUCUGACUAUGUAGCCCUGGACGGCCUCAAACUCAAAAUCCUCCUGUCUCCACCUCCCUAAUACUGGUAUUAUAAGCGUACACCACCAUUGCCUGGCAAUGUUUUGUUUUUAAAUAUAUUAGUGCUACUGAUAGUAACAAGAAAUCAUGUAAUAAAAUGUGAAGAUAAACAGUAACAGUCAUUGAUCCCAUAUUUGCACUCUGACAGAAUAAAACAUUGAGAAUAUCUAAUAUCCUUGACCUGUUACUAGACAUAAAUGCAGUAAAACCCUCAGUUUUCUACUAAUCAUUAUGAUAUAUAAACCUUUAAGGGAGUUAAUAUGUUUUAACCAUAUUUUUCUUGAUAAAUAAAGCAGGAGUUAGUAAUUGCUCAUACACUUAUCCUCUCCAAGAAACAUUCUUAUCGAUGUAUUUAAUGAACAAUAAGGAGCUUGAUUUGAUGUAGAUAAUAUAGCUUUUAACACCAAAGGAAAACUGAAAUACAAAUAUUAGUGUAAUUUUCUGUUACUUUUUAAAUUAUAUUAGGCCUGUCAAAGUUUUACUUUAACUUGAAGCAUUGAGCAAUAUUAAGGCAUGUAUUUGUCUUGCAAAAUUGUUGCAUUGUCAAAGAUGUAUUGGAAAAGUGGACAUUUAAUUUCAUGACCUACCUAAUUUUUCUAAAAUUUUAACACAUUAAAUCAAAACAAUCCUAGAUAUCUAA